AUGAUGUCUGCUUUGUCCUCGGUGCAUGACAUGUCUGCCGGCGUUCUGUUCAAUGUGAAUCUCAAUAUUGUGGCUGCCAAGGGUAUUAAUUCUGGUGAGCACUUUGGGCUGGCGGCAAUUUUUAGAGGCGAGCUCUCCUCGAGCGAUGCAUAUACCCUGAUUGAAAUAAAUGGCAAGCCGAUGGCCUGGACACAUCCAGCUUUCGACACUGUCAACCCCAAGUGGGACGAAAACUUUUACUUUCAGAACGUCCCAAAAGACUCGACAUUCAAACUUAAUUUACUCGAUACUGACAUUUAUGGGGACGACGAACUUGGAGAAGCACAAUUUGACACUAGAAUUAUAUUCUGUGACAAAAGGACGGCGCUUGAGCUACCAAUCACGCACAAUGAUCGCAAGGCUGGCAUCAUCAGCAUUAAGGUCACUUGCCACCAGCUAAAUGAUACUGAUAUUGACGCAGUAAUAGAGGAAGUCGGCCCCGUCCGCUAUUCUGUACACUCAAGCCAUUCUGUGGGCUUACUUAACAUGUUAACAUCUGAUGACGAGAACUUAAAGUCUUUGGCUUACAUUGUCCAGCUUCACAACAUCCCAUGCAUCAUGCCAGUCGACAAUGAAUGGAACAAGAAAUAUAAAAAAGCUCAGCAUAUUUUUUCACCGGAUCAUCCAGAAGGAAUAGUGUUUCGUAAUUUAGUCAAGACGCAACACGCCAUGGUCUACGAGCAUGAACGAGAUAGCACGAAGUACGGCUUUCUCAAAACUCCUGCAGACUUUUUUGCGCUCAUUCACAACGGAUUACGUGACGACAGGCCUGUGCUCUUCACGUACGUAAUAACGUCAAAGGGCUGGUUCUUUUCUGAGACGGGCGCUGGGUUUUUUAAAGACAUGCAAUCAAAGCACAUGGUGCAUUCGAAUGCCGCCGAUUCGGUGAAGUAUGCCGGAGAGUUUCGAGUUGAGAUCUCGAAAAAUGGCUUGCACAAGCUGGUGCUUGAUAACAAUAGUGGCACUUAUACUCCUCGCAAAGAUGGAUUGCCGCAGUUAAAAAAACUAAUUGAGAACAAUUUUCCAGGCAUCAGAUGCGAAACAUUGGACAGCAAAGAUGAAAAGUCGAUCUCGAGGCGUAAGGAAAUACUUGACACAUGGGAAUAA